AUGAGUGUGAGAGUUUAAAGCUAAUAAACAUCAUAAUCUCACACAUUGAAGCAAAGCAGUGAAAUAAUUAAUUACAAUGCAGCUGAUGAAAGCUCAAAUUCAAUCAAUAGAAGUUCAAGUGUAAAUUAAUUUAUGGUACAACAGGUUGAUAAUAAGCAAUCUAGAAACCACAUCAAUCAGACUUAAUCAGCUGCAAUGGAGUCAUUUUAUCUUUCUUCAAAUAUCAAGACAAUAUAUCUUAACUACAAUGAUGUGCUCUACAAACAAUACUAAUUUUAUCACACAUUCGAUGAAAAUUCAGAGAAACAAGAACUAUUUAAUUUUUCAGUGAGAUAACAUCUAGAAUCAGAUCCAAUUCAAGAUUAAGUUACAACAAUAAUGAUGUAUGGAUAGAAAUCUACGGGUAAGAGCUAAAUAUUAGGCUCAUUAUUUGAGCCUUAUGAAAAAGAAAAUUGUUUGAUCUGGCUAACUCUUAAGAGUAUGUUUCAAAAUUAGGAAUAUCAAGAUGAUUGCAGUGGAAAUGAAAUAUUCAUAUCUUGCUAUGAGGUAUUUUUGGAGACGUUGUGCGAUUUAUUCGAUGAAACUAAUGAUGAAUUUCAAACUGAAAACGAUAUUACUUGGCUUAAAGUUACAUCUCUUGAUCAGGCAGAACAACAACUCAAAAUAGCCUUUUUAAAUAGAAAGCAGAUUGUUGAUGAAAAUGGGCUAUCUUUUUCUCAAAGUCAUUUGAUACUGAACAUUAAAGUAGCAGAUUCAACUUCAGAGAAUAGUGGGAAGAUGAUAUCCUUUAUUGAUUUAGUUGGAUUUGACGACUCAUUCACAGAAAAAAUAAUGAAUGGAAAUUCAUUCGCAAUUCAUGAGAACUCAAUACUUCAAAAUGAAUCUCAAUUCCAGGACUAAAACAAUGAACUUAAGCUAUAAAGAGUAAUCAGAGACUGCAAUGACAACAAUCUAUUUUCAAUAAGAAAUCUGUUACUAUCUUUAGAGAAUGAUAAAGAUGGGAAGCUUUAAUAGGUGUUGGAAGAGACAACCCUUGCAAGAGUUGUGUUUGCUAAACUUCUUUAGUCUAGUAACUUUUAUAUAAUUGGAACUCUAAAUAAAAACCAAGAUAACUUUAAUGAAAGUUUAAACACUUUAGAAUUUUGCACCAAAUUUUAGCAAGCACUUAUCAAUUAACAACAAACUAUCCUACCAGAAGUUAAGGAAUCAAGUUUAGUGCAGUUUACUUAAGAAGAGAAUAUGAUUGCAACUGAUGACAGCUACAAUAACUUGAUGGGGAAAAGAGUCUAAGCAUUACCUUAAGAGAUCUCAGCAUAUUUGAACUGUUCAAUUAAGAAUGACCAAAUGUCAAAGUUUUACUUAAACAAUAACAAUAGUGUUACUCAAAACUAAGAAUUUGCAGAUACACUUAUUCUUCAAAGUGUGUAAAGACCAAAUAUACGUUUAAAAGCAUAAUUAAUAGACAAUAAAAGCAAUAUAAGCAUUAAUUCAGGCAAAAUGAUGAAAUACCUAGAUAGGUUUUUGAAUAAAUAGACCUAUGGUAAGUCUGAAGUAUCUUCAUAGAAUAAUAAUAACUCCUUGUACUUCUUUUAGAAAUAAUUGAAAUCCAGUAAUGGUAUGAAUAGAGAGAAUAAUAUCAAAAUAUAGAAUGAGUUUAUUUUAGAAUCUCAAGGCAAAGGAAAAAAUUUAGGUAUGAUAUAGCAAGUUAAAAACUCAAACUAGAAGAAGAGGAAUGGAUUCUAUAAAUAACCCAGUGAGAGAAGUACUGGAUUCGCAACCAAUACCUAAAUUACUCAUCUUAGAAAAUACUCUCAGGAUUUGAUCGGUUAGUCUUAGAGUAACAAUAACAUUUAAAGAUCACAGCUUACAUAAAUUAACAAAGGAGGGGUGAAUCCCCCCUAGAUAAUGGAGAGAACAUUUAGUGAGAUAAAUUUCAAUAAUGGCUCAAAGAAUAUGGAUGAAUCUCAAAGAGUGUUCAAUCUGAGACAGCUUGAGAACUUCUCUAAAAUAAUGGGCAACAAAAGUAAAUACGAUUCUAGUUUUCUGAGUACUUUCGUCUUGCACAACAAUAACGGCAAUAAUUCUUAUAGAGAUAAUGUAAUUAUUGAGGAGAAUUCUCAUGUAUAAGAAGAUAUCUAAGAAGCUUUAAGUUAAUUUAAGCAGGUAAAGUAAGUGAUUGACCAAAACUAAAAUACAAGAAGUAGGUCAUAGCUUAAAAAUAAACUCUAGACAAUGACUCUAAAUUAGUAGUUAUUGUCUUAAUCAGCAGCAGAGUAAAAUCAAACUAGGAUUUCAAAAGGUUAAUUGUUCAUACAUACUAUUAUAAAAGAGUCGCUGAAAUGUAUUGAUGUCUAGAUGAAGGAUUUUUCGCAGUUUUUUACUAAGGAUAAAUCAUAGCUAGAUGCUUGCUUUGUCUGUAAAAGCUCAAAUAUUCAACAGAGUACUUAAGACUCUAAUUUUACCGAUAUUUUCAAAAUAAAGAAAGCAAGGUUUUUUGAUCUUGAUAAAAUUCUUAGAGAUAUUGAGUAAAAGGAACUGAGAACUCAAACAUUGUGCUCAAUCAGAGAGAGCCAGCAAAGCAGUCAUAAAAGAAACACUAAGUCUAUUAAUUAAUUGCCCCCAUCAGGAAAGCUGAUAGUAGAUGUACCAAAGAAUAUAUAAAAUGCAAAAUAGCAACUAAGGAGGGGUCAAUCAAUAAAUAAGGAAAAUAUUAAGCCUCCUAAGUUCCCAGGCCAGAAAUCAAUGCUUAAUGAUGAGUCUAAAGUAGCUGGGUUUGAAAGUUUAAAUCAGCUUAACUUCCCACUUGGAGUGUAUACCUAGCAGCCCAUGCAAAAUAGUCAUUUUAAUAAGUCAAGAUAUUGA